GAAAUUACAAAAAUUUAUGUUUCGUGCACUUUUCAUACAAGACUCACAAUGUUUACGUGCUAUUUCGUUUUGUUGAAACAUUAAUUCUGUUAAAAGUUCUGGUUCGCUUCUAAAUUUUUUGAACAAAGUUAAAAAUGUCUUACCCAAAUCAAGGACCAUAUCCAGGAGCACCUUCAGGUCAAGCACAAUAUCCAGGAGCACCUUUAGGUCAAGGGCCAUAUCCAGGAGCACCUUCAGGUCAAGCACCAUAUCCAGGAGCACCCUCAAGUCAAGCACCAUAUCCAGGAGCACCUUCAGGUCAAGCACCAUAUCCAGGAGCGCCUUUAGGUCAAGUACCAUAUCCAGGUGCACCUUCAGGUCAUGCACCAUAUCCUGGAGGACCACCAACUCAAGGACCAUAUCCUGGAGGCCAUCCACAAACAAAUUACCCACCUUCUGGUUAUCCACCAACAGGUCAUCCACCAUCCGGUUACCCUGUUGGUAAUCCAAUCCAUGGAACUGCUCCAGGAUAUCCACCACAAUUAGGUAGUCAACCUCCUUCAGGAUAUCCUCAGGGAGGUUAUCCAGUUCAAAGUCAUUCUUUGCAAGGACAACAAUCUCAUGCAGCAUAUCCUCCUGGUGUUACUUGCCCACCUAGUAAUUUAACCAAAAAAGAAUUAAAAAAAAUAAAGAAAGAACAAAAAAAGCAUCUUGCAGGAGGAUUAGCGGUUGGUGCAAUUGGAGGGUAUAUGGUAGGUCAGGCACUUAAAAAGAACAAAAAGCAUAAGAAAGAUAAACAUGGACAUAAAAGCUCAAGUAGCAGUAGUAGCAGUAGUAGCGAUAGUGAUUAAUGCAACAGCAGUGUUAAUGGAAUAGAAACAUAAACAUAUACUAAUUAAUAUUAUUUAUAAUACAUAAUUUUUAGUGAAAUUAAAAUGAUUUUUUUUAAUGUUGAAUUUAUUAUUUUGCUUUUUGUCACAUCAGUGGCGGAUUAAGACUUCUUGGGGCCCGGGGCUAUUUUUGUUUUUGGAGGCCUUUUUAUGGGCCAGAGCCUAAAAAUUUGCGGGACCUGUGGCUAUAGCCCCCCUAGCUCCCCCUUGAUCCGGCACUGUAUCACAUCAAGUAUAACAUAUAAGUAUUUUGAACAAAUGAAAGAAAAUUUAAAUUGUAUAGUAUUGUUAUCACACAAAUAAACUUGUUUUUUUAA